AUGCCCACAUCCAGUUUUGGCUCUCAGACCAAUUUCACCACAACUGCAGCCACAGCCAACGGCUUUACUAGGCCCAUUGGACUCAAUCCAUUCUAUCCUGCCAAGUUUGCUUUCGGGGAUGAUGACGACGAAGAUAGGAGGGGCUUAAAGGACCAAGAUCGUAUUCCAACUCCGGACGUGAAGAGUUAUCUCAAAUUAACGGAUCCUGACGACAAAUUCCCCACCCUGAUUCGCCGAGAUGAUAAUUCCGGCUUGCUAUCCGCCAACUCCGCUGCGUUGGAUCUAGCCAACUCACGUACACCAGGGCCGGAGACAUAUGGUCAUCGUCAUCACGCUUCACUUCCUCACAAUUCAUUGAACAUGUCUCAGCAUAUCGGGAGCAGUCGCUCACAGGGCGAGCAAAUUUCAGCCCCAUUCUCACCUGCAAGUGACACUCGCCAAUCUCACAGGCAUUCACUUGAACCUGGGUUUUCAACGUAUAAUAGCACCCAAGGUCUCUAUUCCACUACCAAUGGAUCCCAGUCGCGGCCAGCUUCCCUCCAAAUGUCAUAUUCUACUAAUGAUAUCCCCACCAAGAGUAAUGGCUAUACCGCAGUAACUCCUCCAAAGUCCCAUGCAGACCAUUUCCAUUCUCAUAGUGCUAGUGUCGGUCGAGUUCCGGCUACCCCUCACGCCCAUGGAAAUGACACUCCAACAUCCCCACUGUCCCCUGAUCGUGAUGACCAGUCCUUUAAUCUCCAACCCCUUCAGUCAGUUUUGCAGGCUAAUGCCACCCCAUUUGGACCUCAAUUGACAUCCACAAGCAAUGGGAUGCCAAAUAGCACCUCCACUAUGGGCGCUUUCCAAAAUCCUGUUUAUGGAUACGCCAUGCAGCCGUUCAUCACUAGCCCCAUCCAAACCAAUGGACACACUCAAGCGUUCCACCCAAACCCGCCCUACGGUGCCUAUAUCAACCCUGCUCCCUUUUCACCUUACUCUCGUUUCCCAGAAAGCCCUGCAAGAAACCCAGGCCAGGGUCGUCGCAGCGGAGAUGGUGAAUCUAGCCAAUUUUCGCGGUUCGGUAACGCUCCAUUGGAAACCUACCAAGGCGAGUUAUAUGGCAUGUGUAAGGACCAGUACGGAUGCCGCUAUUUGCAGAAGAAGUUGGAGGAGCAAAAUCCAGCACAUGUGCAGAUGAUAUUUUUGGAGACACAUAUCCAUGUUGUAGAACUUAUGACCGAUCCGUUCGGAAACUACCUCUGCCAGAAGUUGCUUGAAUUCUCGAACGAUGAACAGCGUACUGCACUCAUCAACAACGCUGCUCCUCAACUUGUUAAGAUCGCACUGAACCAACAUGGGACUCGAGCUUUGCAGAAGAUGAUUGAAUUCAUCUCCACCCCGGAACAGACUCAAACCGUGAUCAACGCGUUACGUGAUCGAGUAGUGGAGCUUGUGCAAGAUUUGAACGGAAACCAUGUUAUCCAGAAGUGCUUAAAUCGCCUCUCUGCGACGGAUGCUCAGUUUAUCUAUGAUGCCGUUGGAGCAAGCUGCGUGCCAGUCGGAACCCAUCGCCAUGGCUGUUGCGUGUUGCAGCGUUGUAUUGACCACGCUUCUGGUGACCAACGGGCUCGCUUAAUCGAACAGAUCACCAAUAACGCAUUCACCUUGGUUCAAGAUCCGUUUGGAAAUUACGUGGUUCAGUAUAUCUUGGAUCUCAACGAGCCUCAUUUUAUUGAGCCCAUCUGUCGCAGCUUCCGCGGGAACAUCCCUGCCUUAUCCAAACAAAAAUUCAGCUCGAACGUGAUUGAGAAGUGCAUUAGAACAGCUGACCCACAAUCACGUUCCGCUUUGGUGGAUGAGAUGUUGGUCCCCAGUGAACUCGAGAAAAUGCUCCGUGACUCCUUUGCGAACUACGUCGUUCAAACUGCCAUGGAUUUUGCUGACCCCGAAUACCGCACGAAAUUGGUCGAAGCUAUCCGCCCGAUCCUCCCAGCAAUUCGCCAGACGCCACACGGGCGCCGCAUUGCCGGCAAAAUCUUGAGUGUGGAGAACCAAGGCCGCGUGAGUGGGGGCUCCAGCGGCCAAAUUACGCCUAACGAUAUGACGAACGUGUACCACCAGAUUCAUCCCUUUUCAACUUCCAUCAUUACACAGUAUCCUCAACAGCAAUUUAGUAAUGUCGGUGAUAGUAUAGUUAACAAUGUGGUGGUAAGCACCAACAACUCAUCCUCUGCAGCGUCUUCCGCAACCAAUGGCAAUGGCAAUGCUGUCAAAGCUCCACCUGCCAACGGCAACUGCAACGGCAAUGACGACAACACGCCCACCAUCUACAGUCCCAUUCCGCAACAAGCUACGAACGGAAUAAGUGCCUUUCCAAUACAGGGAUACCCGUUUUUUACUUGAAGGUUAUACCACACCCCAGGUCUACAAUACAACCUGCAGACCAGAUCUGUUACUUAGUCUUCUUCAAUUUUGUCUUCCUCCCCCCUUUUUUUCAUUUAUUUAUUUACCUUUUUUUUAGUCCGUCCGCGCAUGUACACCAGAUUCACGACGACACGAGUCAUGAGAAAUUUUUUUGAUCCAAAGAAGUAUCUUCAUGGACGGGAGAGAAAGAAAAAACAUCUCUUUUGUGAAUAUCUUCUCUCCCACUAACUGACGCCUUUUUUUCAGACUUUUACAUCAGAUCUGUAAACAAUUUCAACUUUUUUUUGUUUUUUUGUUUUCUUUUUUCCAUUUUUGGCAUUAUCUUUUUCCUUUUAUCCCGGACACACGAUAUGCGGAUACAGCUAGAGAGAGAAACACGAGACAAUGCAAGUGGUGUAUGUACUUUU